GCUGCGAGAGCUGGCUUGGUGAUGUUUAACAAGCCCCAGGAUUCCAUCUUCGACUGGAUCUUUGGAACCCCAGACUUGGAGUACUACCGCAAGGCGGCAACAAUGUCGGCGGCAAAGUACGGGAUCCAACUGGCAGAGGAUCCGAUCUUUGUGACGUGGGCCAUGAACUCCGAUUCAGUGGAGCACAGCCUCUGGCCCCAGGCGCGCAACUUCUGGUUGCUCACCUCUCUCAUGGCUUUGCCUAUUUGUGCCACGGCAAGUGCCCUCGCCGAGGUCCUCAGCUCUUUGUCGGUUCCGAAAGGAUAUGUGCCCUUCUUCGAGAAG